UUUAGUUUGUUGUAAGAUAAAAAUGGUGAUCCACAAACAUUAACAUUUUAAAGCGCGUUUUUUGCAGAAUUAUAAAUCAAAAGUAUAUGUCUUUUAAAAUACCACGUCAAGAAAUUUAUUUACUAUUUUAAAAACUGUAAAACAUAUUCUGUUCUUUUUUGACAAAUAUUAACGUCUAAGUAAACAAAUUCAAUUUUGUUGGCAAACAUAAAAAUUGAGAAGUUUUUUACAGGUGAUAUUAGAAGUACUCAUUUACAGAUGAUAUUGGAGUUUGAAAAGUUAUUUUCAGUAAAACAUUCUUUCGUAACAAACCGUUGUUUAAAAUUAAAUGGAGGAAGAAGGUGUUUGCAACGAAUUCGAUGAUUUAAAGGUUAAAAAACUUCCCCAAGAAGUGUUGAACACGCUUGCACAUGAAUUACCCAAUGACUGGAAAAAGCUUGCUCGUAGAUUGGAUAUUGGCGAUGAAAAAAUUGAUUGUGUGUUGAGCGAGUUUAAUACUGCCUUUGAACAAACCUAUCAAAUUCUAAACAGUUGGAUUAGAAAGUAUCCUAACAAAGUAUGGAAAGAUAUUAAAAACGGAUUGGUUUAUUGCGAAAGGAACGAUGUAAUUGAUAAGUGUGAACGAAAACUAUUUUUAAAUUCAAUGUUUCGUGUCCAACCCUCUAUGGAAAAUUUCCAUCCACGUAAAAAAGAACUUGAUGAAAUACAUCGUUGUUUAUUCGAGAAACAAGAUAAAAAAAAGCCUUUAGUGUUAUGUGGAAUGUCUGGCGUUGGAAAGACACAAAUAGCCAGAAAAUAUUGUGAAGAAUAUAGGAAGCUUUAUGAAAACAUUAUAUGGAUAGAUGCGGCAUUUGGAAAAUUAAGUACUUCAGUGGAAGCCCUUUAUCAAAAACUAGAUUUUAUUGUUAAAGAUUCAAAAAAAUUUACAAAAAACAAUUCUUUUGAUAUUAUUGCAGCUAUUGAAAAAAUACAUAACUAUUUUAAAAACGAAAACACUUUGUAUAUUUUUGACAACAUUGACAAUGAAAGUGUUAGAAACUUUAAAAUUUACAUUUCAACAAAACCGAAGUCUUUUACUUUGAUCACCACUCAAUGGAGAACAUGGUCAAACAACGUAAAUCUCAUGUCAUUAGAUGUUUUUUCCCCUGAAGAUGCUUUAGUUUAUAUAAAAAACAACAUUAAAACAAAUUCAGACGAAAAGUUAAGAGAAUUAAUAAAAGAGCUUGGUUUUCAUCCUUUUGCCAUCACUAAGGCAAUAAAAUAUAUAAACGCACACUCAAUUGCUAUUGAAACAUAUUUAUAUCGAUAUAGAUUGCAUCCCGUACAAAUACUAGAUGAUGAUAAAUUUCCAACCGAAGAAGAAUCGAUGUCUGCUGUGCGAACUAUAAAUUUAGUUUUAAUAAAAUUAGAAAACGAUGAAAGCAUUUCUUUAAAAUUACUGAACUGUUUAUCACAUUGCGAUGGUCAAAAUAUCAGCAAACAUUUUAUAGUUCAGAUUUCGAAAUAUAUUGGAAUAAAAGAUGAAUACUUCGUUGAUGACGCCAUAAGAUUACUGGUCAGUUGUUCCUUACUAGAUUAUUUAGGCGAUGAAAAAUAUUCAAUGCACGAUCUAAUACAGUUGUCAUGUAAAUAUUUUCAAAGUAAGAAUUCCAGUACAAAAACAUUCCACAGUCUUAUGGAAAAUUAUUUUAGAUUAGAGUUAAAAGAUAUAGACAAUCAUGUUAAUUACGGAAAAGACUUUGUUUUUCAUUUUUUGCAAAUGUUUCGAAAAAAUAAAAAAAGUAUGACGGAAUGUUUUCACCGUUUAUCAAGCAUUAUUUAUGAAUUCUUAACAUGUAAAGGUUUAUUUCAAGAAGUAAUUCAAAUACUUAAAGCUGUUCAAAGUUUCAAUGCAGAAACUUAUGGAGAAAAUAAUGAACUAACUCUUGAAACAAAUUAUAAUAUUGCAAACUGUUUGUAUAAAAUGGGAAAAUAUAACAAAGCUUUAGAAAUUUAUUAUUCUGUUGAUAAAAUACAAACUGAAACUUUAGGUAUCAACCAUCCGUCAACAAUGAAUACAAAAAAUAAUAUUGCAAUCUGUUUGAGCCAUAUGGGAAAAUAUAACGAAGCUUUAGAAAUUUAUUAUUCUGUUGAUAAAAUACAAACUGAAACUUUAGGUAUCAACCAUUCGUCAACAAUCGGUACAAAAAAUAAUUUCGCAAACUGUUUGCAUCAAAUGGGAAAAUAUGACGAAGCUUUAGAAAUUUAUUAUUCUGUUGAUAAAAUACAAACUGAAACAUUAGGUAUCAAUUAUCCGUCAACAAUGUCAACAAAAAAUAAUAUUGCAAUCUGUUUGAGCGAUAUGGGAAAAUAUAAUGAAGCUUUAGAAAUUUAUUAUUCUGUUGAUAAAAUAAAAACUGAAACUUUAGGUAUCAACCAUCCGUCAACAAUGGAUACAAAAAACAAUAUCGCAAACUGUUUGUAUAAAAUGGGAAAAUAUAACGAAGCUUUAGAGAUUUAUUAUUCUGUUGAUAAAAUAAAAACUGAAGCAUUAGGUAUCAACCAUCCGUCAACAAUGUCAACAAAAAAUAAUAUCGCAAUCUGUUUGAGCGCUAGACUUAAAAGAGUGUUUUGUUUUGAAAAAACUAUUAAUACUAAUGGCUCGAAUAUUCUUUGUCCUUCAUAG